CCUUGUUCAUCCAGAUUUCGAUCCGACAAUCACAAUUUUUAUGUAUUUUAUGAACAUGAAUAAAUAAGACUGCUGUAUCAGAUAAUAUGGGACGAGGUCGGUGAAUCCGAAGACGAGAAGGAUAAAAUGAUGCUUGAGCUGGAGCAGGAGUGCAGAAAUCUGUACCGAAGAAAGAUUGAUGAAGCAGACCAGUACAGAGAUCGAAUAAGGCAAGCAAUUGCAGGUCUUCGAGCAGAGAUCGAAGACAUAUGUUGUUCGAUGGAAGAACCACCAGUCCAUGGAAUAGAGGUUUGUCGGUGGAUUUCCUCAUUUGGUCUUAGAGCUCCUGAUGCGCCGAUUUUAGGCUGCUUACUUUCGGCUUGCUUCGUAAUCCAACAAGAGUGCUGGAAGCUUGAAGGAGCAGCUGAAUGCCAUAACUCUGAAACUAGAGGAGAUGCAAAUCGAGAAAAAUGCGAGGUUGUUGAAAUUCUUGGAGGUCGUGGAUCAGAUCAGAAAGAUCUUAGCCGAGUUCAGCCCUAUCGAGUGCGACGACUCCAAGUUUUCUGUGGAUGAAUCUGACCUAUCAACUCGGGCACUUCGAGAAUUGGAGAAGCAGCUGCAGUCACUUCAGGAGGAGAAGGUUAGAGAUCAAUGACCAUGAUAGAUUUUUUUUUUUUUCUUUUCUUUUCAAAAUAGAUGCUAAGGAUCAGCUUUUGUUUUUGCUUUAGAGCGAGAGGUUGAGACGAGUGAUGGAGCACUCAAAUACUCUGAAGGCAUUUUGUGCCGUCCUCGGUCUCAGUUUUGAAGAAACAACCAGAGAUUUGCAUCACAAUUCACACCAUGAUGAAGGAUACAUGAGCAUAAGUGAUGACUCAGUCGAAAG